AUGUCCAGUCUGCCGCCUGGUUGGGAAAAACGAACAAGCAGAUCCUCGGGUAAAGACUACUAUUUGAACAUCUACACAAAGGAGAGUCAGUGGGAGACACCAACCGAACCUGCGGAAGAAAUGUCUGGUAAAGUGACAUGCUCUCACCUGUUGGUGAAACACAGAGAUUCACGACGACCACAGAAUUGGAAAGGAGAACAGAUCACAAGGACCAAAGAGGAGGCUUUAAAACUUUUAAAUG